AUGUACCCGCCCAGAGUUGCCCUGGUCACAGCGGCAAGUAGUGGUCUCGGCGCUGCCAUCGCUCGCAUGCUAGCCAUCGACCUAGGAAUGCACGUGGUGAUCAACUUCAACAGCAACGAAUCACGCGCCAACGAACUAGUUCAAAAGCUCCAAGCCGAGUGCGAUAGAAAGCAUGCAGGGUCAAACAUCAGGAUACAGGCCAUUCAAGCGGAUACAUGCGACAAGCUGCAGGUCAAAUCGCUUGUCGACGAGGCAGCGUCGAGGUAUUGCGGUCGUCUGGAUGUUGUGAUAUCGAAUGUUGGGUGGACAAAAAUGCGUCAAUUCUCAGACAUCGACGAUAAUAUUGACGAGGAUGACUGGGAUCGCUGCUACGUUGCCAAUGUCAAGAGUCAUCUUUGGCUCUUUCACGCGGCGAAACGGUAUCUUGAGGAAAGCAACCAGCGAGAAGCUGGAGUGCCCGUUUUUGUGUCUACAGCUAGUUUAGCUGGAGUGAUCCCCAGCGGAAGUAGCGUGCCGUACGCAGUCACAAAAGCCGCCCAGAUUCACCUCGGCAAAUGCCUUGCCAAGAUAGCUGCGCCGUCAAUCAGGGUGAACACCAUCUCACCAGGCAUAUUACUCACGGAAUGGGGUCUUUCGUUUCCAGCAGAGCGACUUGAAGCCGCUCGCAACACGAAUAAGUUGGGUCGUUUUGCCACGGUUGAAGACGUCGCAGAGCAAGUCAAAGCUUUUGUAGUGUCGAAGUCAGUGACUGGACAGAAUGGGGUUAUCGAUGCCGGUUUCGGUCUGUGA